ACCGGCUUUUGAUCAUCUUUGGCACAAAGAAUCGAUCAAGACCAUCAUGGAUGCACUUUAUCAAUGUUUAUCCCAUACUUUGGACCCAAAUCCAAACACACGAAAAGCAGCGGAAUUGGAACUUCGGAAGUUGGAAGCCCAUCCGGGCAUGCUUCCUUCCGCUCUUCAAUUGGUUUCCCGAAAUGAUGUCGAUCUUUCUGUGCGUCAAGCAACGACGAUUUAUAUCAAAAAUCGUAUCAGACGUGCGUGGGAUGCUAAAAGUGCUGCUUUGGCUGAAUUGAAGCAAUCCCCUAUUCCAGAAGCCGAUUAUUCACCUGUUCGAGAAGCAUUGUUGCCCACUUUGGUCUCUUGUCCACCUCAACUACGCGUUCAUAUUAAUGCAAGUUUGGGAGCAGUCGUUCGUCAUGAUUUCCCAGAGAGAUGGCCAAAACUGGUCGAUGAAGUCAAGGAGCUGCUAGGUGCAGGUGAUGGAAGUGAUGUGACCCGCGUUUAUGCUGGCCUGGCCGCACUUUUAGAAAUCUUUAGAGCAUUCAAAUGGAGAGACGAAAAGAACAUCAUGGCACCCCUAUGUGAAUCUUCUUUACCAAUCGUGCUCAACAUCGUUCGAUCAAUCUUGGGAUCCUCAAACUCAUCCUCCGCCGAAGCAGGAUCCCUGAUUUACCUGGCCUGCAAGAUCUACAAAACUAGUAUCAGCACAAAUUUGACCGCAUACCAUCAAGCUGAUGAGAAUAUUGUACCAUGGGGACAGACGCUUUUGCAAAUCGUACAGAAAGAAGUUGAUCCUAGUCAACUACCUUCAGAUGACGAAGAGCGGGAAAAGGCAUCGUGGUGGAAAGCAAAGAAAUGGGCUUACUUCUCACUAAACAAAUUGUUCACUAAAUUCGGUAACCCCUCCCAAUUACCCAGCAAUAUGAAGAAGUACAAAGCAUUUGCCGAGAAGUUCGUUGCCUCUUUCGCUCCAGAAAUUCUCAAAGUCUACCUCGCUCAAGUUGAAGGCAAAGUCAAUGGAAAAGUCUGGAUCAGUGACCGUGCCAUUUAUCUCAUCCUCACAUUCAUGUCUGAAUGCGUUCGCGCAAAAUCGACAUGGCUUCUUUUGAAGCCUCAUUUGGGUACCUUGGUAGAAUACUUUGCAUUCCCUUUGAUCUGUCAUACAGAGGCUGAUGAUGAAUUGUGGGAACUCGACCCAACCGACUUCGUCAGAACUCAACUCGACCCAAUGGACGAUUACGGCAGUCCACGAGCAGCCGCUGCCAAUUUAUUCCAAGUUUUGGUACAGAAGCGUAUGAAAGGUGCUUUCAUGCCAAUUCUAGAAUUCUUGACAAACGUUCUCAACAACUACCCUGCAAGCAAAACGCCAGCUCAAAAAGAAGGUGCUUUGAACUUGAUCAAACUUCUGGACGAUGCAAUGUUGAGCCAUCCUUCCACAGCGCCAAGUUUGGAGGGCUUGUUGACACAACAUGUCGUGCCUGACCUACGCAGCAAUCACAGAUUCCUACGUUUCCGAGCUGCAGAUGUGGUUGCGGCUUUGGGUGGAAAGAUGUCUUGGAAAGAUAGCAAGAGUUUGGAAAGUGCAUUCCAAGGUAUUAUGGCUACACUAGAAGAUCCAGAAAUCCCUGUUCGUGUUCAAGGCGCAAACGCGAUCUCAUCCUUGAUUGAUCACUCUGAAGUGCAAGAAGCAAUGGCACCAAAUGCAGGUCGAUUGAUGCAAGAAUUAUUGAAAUUAUCAGACGAAGUGGAACUUGAUGUUUUGACAGAGGCAAAAUCGAGAGUUGUAGAUGCAUUCUCAGAAGAGCUUUUGCCCUUUAGUACCAAAUUGUGUGAACAAUUGGCACAAAGCUACUUCCGCUUAAUGCGUUCCAACAUCGAAGCUGCAAAGAAAGCCGAGGAUAUGGGAAGCGUAGCAAGAGAGAUGGACCCAUCUGUUUUGGAAGACCGUGGAGAAGAGGACAAGAUGUUUGCUGCUUUGAGUUGUCUUUCUACGAUGUACCAAGUUCUAUCGUCGGCCGAGCACCGACCGGACAUCUUGGCUCAAUUGGAAAAGAUUGUUUUGCCAGUGGUACAAUUCACACUUCAAGAAAAUCUCGUGGAAAUGUUCGAUGAUUGUUUCGAUUUGACAGACGUUUUGACAUUCUACCAAAAAAGAAUCUCCGAUGAUAUGUGGGGUAAUUUCAGAUUGAUGUACCAAACAUUCAAGACUAGUGGUAUCGAUUACCUUGCCGAAAUGUUGGCAACUUUUGACAACGUAAUCACAUAUGGUAGUCAAGCAUUCGAAAGCAAUGCAGAGUUGCGUCAUAUCAUCUUUGAUAUCUUCCAAACUGCUAUGACAAGCGAACAAUUGGGAACGUCUGAUCAUAUUGCUGCCUUAAAAUUGGCUGAUGUAUUUUUGCUUGUGCUUAAAUCUCACAUGCAAGAAGCUGUACCAGCAGUGAUCAAUUUGGCUUUACCUCAUCUCGCUGACGGUCAAGUUACACCAUUGCGUAAAUGGGCUACAUUGGUCAUCUUAGACGCUUUAUGUUUCAACACAGUCCCUGCACUACAAGCCUUGGAAGCUGCACAGGCUACUCAAGCAUUCUUUGCUAGCGUUUUGACGAUCAUUGGUAAAUUUACAAGAGUGAACGAAAAGAAGGUGAUCGCAGCAAGCUUUUUAUCUAUCCUUGGUUUGGAUCCUGCUCAAACACCUGCAACUGUACAGCAAGGACAGCCUGCAUUGUUGGUAGGAUUAUUGCAAAACCUUGUCAGUCUUCCAAAAGCAGUUCAAAAAGCCAAAGAGGAACAAGAAGCAUUUGAAAAUUUGGAAGAUGAAAGUGGAGAUAAUAUCUCUGGAUCGUUCCAAAUCGAUGAUAGCAAAGAUGCAGAUGAUGACGUGAUUGAUGAAGAUAAUGAAUAUUUGGAAUUAUUAGCAAGAGAAGGUGACAGGAUGCGUGCAAGAGCUGAAGCACAAGCAGCCGGACAAGAUUUCGAAGAAGAAGUCGAUUAUGGCUCAGACGAUGAAGAUGAUGAUGAUGAAGGAGAGAUGGUUUACUAUUCUCCGAUGAAUCAAGUUCCCGUAUUUGAAGGUCUAAGGACAUUGUUAGCCAACAAUCCGCGUGUUCAACAAAUUGCAUCUUCUUUACCAAGUGAAGAUCAACAAUUACUACAAAAUGUGUCACAAUUCAAGGAUGAAGAAUUACCUCUACCUCCCAAUGCAGACAUACCCGUGGCUUAGGCCAGUGUUCCCUUUUGACGUGUCUAACUAGCAGCUUAAUAUUAUCUUUCAUUCAUAUCUGAACAAAUACAAGUGUGGCUUGCACAUGCACACUACUAAGAAAUAGCUAGGAAAGUAUCCGAGGAAUUGGACGGAUAGACGUUGGCUAAGAUGCAUGAAAUCCAAAACGCCGGUUGUUAGAUGUUCGGGAUAUCGCAUGAAAAUGGGCGUUGAAUGGGAAAGGCCGAAGGGAAAAGAGUGGUGCUUGUCUCAUUAGUAACGGCGUUAAAAUUACC